AUGUCGAGUACGUGUAAUGUAUGCAAAUUGAUCAUACUAGUUACACAAAAAAGAAUUGGCUGCAAUAAAUGUAACACAAAGUACCAUUUUGAUUGCAUUGUUCAGCCUGGUGCUAGAACAUCGGUGGUACGAGGGCAGUGGAUGUGUGCCUCCUGCAAGAAUAAAUCUCCUUCUGCGGUACCCGAAAGCAACGACACAAAUAUAUUUAAAAGCACCGAAGAAACUGCGGCAACAAAUAGCGAUUGGCUAUCAGCCAUAAGGAGAGAGGUGCAGGAAGUUUUUUCUCAAACAAUAAGUGUGGAACUACAAAAAAUUCGAGAAGAACUGAGCGUUUUUAAAAAUAUAACAUCCUCAUUAGAACACCUAUCGGGCCUCAUUGAAACUGUUAAACAAGAAUUAGAUGGUGUAAAGAAGGAAAACCAGUCGUUAAUUAAAGAAAACAGUGAACUUAGGGAAACCCUAAAAAAUCAAACAAAUACAAUUAAUAUUUUAGAUAGGGAGUCAAGGGCAAGUAACAUUGAAUUGCACUGCAUUCCGGAAAAAAGAAGCGAAAACCUGCUAAAAACGGUAGAACAGAUUGGUAAGAUUACCAACGUUAAUAUACCUGAAGGAAGUGUAGUAAAGUGCACCCGUGUUGCGAAAAUAAAUAGAAAUUCCUUGCGCCCAAGAUCUAUUAUAGUAAAAUUUAAUUCUCCCCUAAUAAGAGAUACAUUUUUGGCUGGCGUAAUAAACUUUAAUAAGUUGAAUAAAAAAGACAGGUUAAAUACAUCACAUCUUGGAGUACCUGGUGAGAAGAGACCAGUAUUUAUUUCGGAGCACUUAUCCCCCACGGCUAAAGACACCUACGCCGCAGCUCGUAUUUUCGCCAAGCAAAGACAAUAUCGUUUCGUCUGGACGCGUAACGGUAAAAUAUUCCUGCGAAAAACUGAAUCCAGUGACGCAAUUAAUGUUAGGGGACUAAAAACGAAAACCAAAGACCUUUACUUAGCAACGCUUAAGUCUGAUUUUGAUGUAUUAGUUUUCACUGAAACGUGGCUCAAUAGCGGAAUAUCGGACAACGAGUUGUUCGAUGCGCGAUAUAAUAUAUUUCGCAGAGAUCGUGAAUCAUGCGAUUCUAAGAAAAAGGAGGGCGGAGGAGUUUUGACAGCAGUCUUAAAAAAAUAUAAAUCUUACAGGGUUAAUUCUUGGGAAACUAAUUGUGAAGAUAUUUGGGUUAAUUUAGUACUGGGGUCGGAAACUAUUUCACUAUGUGCAGUAUAUAUCCCAUCACCACUACAAUACGACAUUCUUGAACGUUUCACAAUAAAUGUUGAGAGAAUAACAAAUAACAAGCAAUCACGAACCCUAGUAUUAGGGGAUUUCAAUAUUCCGUCCAUAGAAUGGAGUCUAGAUCUUAACAAUAAUAAAAUGUUUCCAUGCAAUAGUGGUCCAGUUAUAUCUCUAAUUAAGGAUUUUAUGGGGUUAGCGUCUCUUUCGCAAUAUAACUCUGUAACUAAUGCAUACGGGAAGAUAUUAGAUCUUAUUUUCAGUUCAAAUAAAAAGGUUGAAGUAACAGAAAGCAACUUCUCAGCAUGCUCGGUUGACAAGUUUCAUCCUCCUCUACAGAUUAAGCUUGAACUAGAAUAUAAACCAGCGACGCUGGAGGUGAAUACUAAUGUUAGGUAUAACUUUAGAAAGGGUGAUUAUGAAAAAAUUAAUGAACUCCUUGCCGGCAUUGACUGGGAAACUUUACUUAUUAAUUGCGACAACGUAGAUAAAAUGACCGAAAAAUUUUAUUCACACCUGGGCAACUUAGUCCAGCAAUGUAUUCCAAAAGGGCAACCGAAGAAUAAUAGUAAUUAUCCUGUAUGGUACACGAGUAAUUUAAAGAAAAGAUUAAGAGAGAAGAAUAAAUGUGAGUACCCGGCAUUGAUGACAAUGAAUGGUUGCUCUUUCACAAAUGGGUCUGAUAUAUGUAACCAAUUUGCAAAACAUUUUUCUAAUAUUUACGCUACGAACGAUUUAAAAACCACUUCAUCAACCCCCAUUACAAGAUCAAUGUUUAACACACAUUUGAACAAUACGCACAUCCUUGAGAGUGACAUUGUAAAAGAGCUGAAAAGUCUCGAUAUUGCUAAAGGAACUGGUCCUGAUGACAUACCUCCAUUAUUCAUUAAAAGAUGUGCUGUUCCUUUAGCAAAGCCUUUAUAUGUAAUUUUUAACAAAUCGCUAUCUCUUGGUGAAUUCCCCUCCCUGUGGAAAAAGGCAAGAGUGGUACCAAUUUUUAAAAGUGGUGAUAAAAAUGACAUAAAGAAUUACAGACCAAUCUGUUUACUAUCUGUCUUCUCAAAAAUUUUUGAAUCAUUUAUUAGUCCUCUACUUACGUGGCACAUGAAGUCUACAAUGAUAGAUAAUCAACACGGCUUUACUAAAAAAAGGUCUACUAUGUCUAAUUUAGCAAUUUUUGUUGACGAUAUAUCAAAGGCUAUGGACAACUCGGAGAGAAUAGAUUGCAUUUACACGGACCUGGAAAAGGCCUUUGAUUUGGUGGACCAUCAUAUUUUACUUCAAAAACUUAGCGACUAUGGCAUCGAUGAUUAUCUUUUAAGGUGGUUGGAAUCAUAUUUAACAGGGCGUACUUUGAACGUUGUCGUUGGAGGUUACCAAUCAGAUGCAUUUACUGCGACCUCGGGUGUUCCUCAGGGUUCUAUUCUUGGUCCUAUUUUAUUUGGAAUUUUCGUCAAUGAUAUAGCUAAGUGUUUUAAGCAUUGUGAGUUUCAAUUGUAUGCCGAUGACCUCAAACUCUAUAAGACGAUAAACGACAUUAAAGACGCAAGGAAUAUGCAGAUGGAUGUCGAUAGGCUUGGAUUAUGGUGUGACCAGAAUAAAUUAAAAUUAAACCAUUUAAAAUGCUACGCUAUUACCUUUAGCAGAAAGAAAUCAAAUUUCAUAUUUGAUUAUAAUAUUAAAGAAAACGUUCUGAAGAGGUUACAUCAAAUAUCCGACCUAGGAGUUACACUGGACCACAAACUGACCUUUAUUCCGCAUAUUGAUAAUAUUAUUACAAACGCAUUCAAAGUAUUAGGUUUUAUCAUAAGAACCACAAAGGAAUUUAAAAAAUCUUCAACCAAAAUUGCACUCUUUAACUCAUUGAUACGCAGUAAACUGGAAUAUUGUUCUGUUGUAUGGAAUCCGCAAUAUCAAACACAUAGAGACAGAAUCGAGAGAGUACAGAAGAAGUUCUUACGUCACCUGGCCUACAAAGAUAAAGUCUUAAGACAGAAUGACAGAUACGAAGAUUUGUUAAAUCUUUACCAUACGCCUUCCCUGUGUAAUCGUAGAAAAUUAAUAGAUUUAUGUUUUCUUCACAGAAUUGUGAAGGGUGAUCUUGAUAGUGCAAAUUUGUUAGAGAGAGUUGGAUUGGCGAUACCAAAAUAUAACUCAAGGAGCCACAUAAGGAAUAAACAUACGUUCAGGGAAAGGUUUGCUAGGACUAACAUCGGCCGUAAUGCUCCCAUCAACAGAAUGAUUCUAACUUAUAAUAACGUAUUUAAAGGAGCUGGGUUAGAUAUUUUCAAGCAUUCUCUGUUACCUUUCAAAAGACUAGCAAAGGGCUAUCUGACUACUUGA